AUGUGUUUGAAACAUCGUUUGAUUGCUCGUGAAGAGGCUCGUCGACGCAUUGCUUUCUUCGUCAAAUGGCGAAAAGAACGAAAAGGAGAGAAAGAUGAGGAAGAUGAGGACGAUGAUGAUUUGUACUUCUGUUUCGCGAAAAACUCAUUGAUACGCCGCGUGAUCGUCGACAAUUUGUACAGGCCAUUUGAGUGUUUCUUAUGUCAAACAUAUCUUCGCGCGUGGCAAACACACAAAUGUGAACAAUGCCCUGCCACAUAUUGCAAAUUGUGUUGGACAGAGCUGACGGAGAAAUGCUACGCUUGUCAGGUGGAACACCAAGAAGCUGCGAUCGACCCG